AUGUUCGUUCAACUCAUACUUCUCACUUUUCUCGCUUCCUUGAUAGGAGUCACAGCCACCCCUAUAGAAGGACGAAAGAACAAAGCCGAUACAAAUUCACAAGCAGAGUGUCGAAAUUUCUACGCUGACGUCUAUGCAGAGACCCCAUCCAAUUUCGAUUUAAAGUCCGUCAUAGGUGAACCACCAGAGAACCAACAAGCUCUGACUGAACAGAUCAUCUCAUUUUUCGCCGCGGGUAGUACCCUUCCAUUCCAGAUCUUCACCGCACCGACAAUAGAGGUCAAAGGAAGUUAUCAAUUAUGGUUCGAAUAUUGCAGACCUAAAUCUGGGGUGGUCAAAGGUAUUUAUCAAGCUCAUCAUGGUCUUGUAGGAAAUGCAGGUUAUUGGAAUGUCCAAGCGGAUGAUUAUAAGACUUAUUCUUUUGCUGAGAAUGCUGCUGCGAAUGGAUGGGCCACCCUAUCAUACGAUCGACUAGGAGUUGGACGAUCAGCUCAUCCGGACGGUAGCGACAUCGUUCAAAUGCCAUUGGAGAUUCAACAAUCCAUAUCUAUCGCCGAUGCACUUAGAGAAGGAAGCUUAGGUGAUAUAGGGAGUUUUGAUAGGAUUGUCGGUAUAGGACAUUCAUACGGAUCAGCCUUACUCACAGGAGUAUCAGCCCUCUCACCAUCCACAUUUGACGCCAUUGUCCUUACUGGAUUUUCAAAUAACGUCACGGAAGGCCCAUUAGGUCUAUUCUCUUUCCAAUCUACCAUCGUUUCGGUAGCCUAUCCUGAAAGAUUCGCGGGUUACCCAAACGAUUACGUUAUAACUCCUUCUCAGACAAAUGAUCAAAUUGAAUUUUCCCAUUAUCCAAAUUACACCCAGGAGGCGUUGGACAGUUUCACAGAUACGAAAGGGGAAUUUACACUUGGUCAACAAUAUUCAGUAGGAUUCCCAUUCACCCUCAACAGAGAGAAUUACACCCAUCCCGUACUGGUAGUUACCGGUGAGAACGAUGGUGUAUUUUGUUCGGCAAAUUGCUAUAUCACUUCAUUGGAUCCACCUGCCACUCAAUUGGAUACUACCAAGGUAUUGUUCCCCUCUGUGAAUAAUUUCCAGACUGUUGUGAUCAAUGAUACAGCCCAUGGGAUCAAUUUUCAUAGAACCGCCAAAGAAGCCUACGAGAGGAUUUUCGAGUUUGUAGAUGAUUUGGGUUUGGGUGUUUCACAGUAA